CUAUGACUGACUAAUAGAUAUAUCGAGUAGCUGCACAUUAUGUGACCUGUGAUAGUUAGCUAUGUCUGUAAACGACGACAAAUUUUAAUGGGUGGCAGUGGCGACCGGAAUCGUGCUACCAAAUUGAGAACGUGUUUGGUGGUGGGAAAGAAUUGUAGUUUGCAGAAUGUUGUUGACAGAUUGGAUAUUUCGUCAGUUUUUGCCAUGUUUUUAUAGCGCGCAGUGUUAAUUCACGUUGUUUUUAGUAAAGACAAAUCUGAUUUAAUAGAAUCAUUAUCUGACAGAAAUUACACUUUUCUUCGUCAAGGAUUGGCAAUGCCAAUGAAAUAAAAGACGAACAUAAAGCAACGUAUUACUUGGCGCGUAAAUGUACGUGUAUGUUUAUCGCCGAAGUCAAAUAAAGUCUGAGUAGAUAACAUUGGAAUUGUAGCUGGGUGUAUAGGUGUCCGUGAUCGCCGUCCUGACCAGGUUAACUUUUCAUGUGUGUAAAACGGGUCCGUGUUUCCAAAUUUACAAGUACUCAGCAAAGUGUUGAUGGCAGGGAACUGUGGUUAGACAUAGUCCAUCAUGACACGUCCAAUCUGUGUUUUGAAUUUACAGUUAAAGGCGUGUCGGUAUUGUACACGGGGAAAGAAUUUAUUUUAAGUCUUAUUGUAAUUGUGUCGCUGUUAGCAACGCUGGACAUUUAUAACCCCAAUUUGUGUGUUGUAGCUUUUCUUAUUUUUUUAAUUGGGCAUCUGGUUGCGAAAGUGCUGUGGAAUGUUAACAGCGAGUCGCUACUCCUUGUGGCUCCAGUAGGAAUCCAGCUUACAGCCACAUAUCAUUCUGGACAUCAGACAUCACAGUUUAUACCAUGGCACUUCAUUAUAGAUGUUGUUAUCAAUGAAGCAAUAACUGGGUACCGAGUUGUCUACUAUCUUGCAGUGCUGGUGGAGCAGCCACAUCAUGCAACCACCAAGAAGAAGCUGAUUCCACUGUUUCAGUAUACAAGACCACGCCUGGCAUGUCUGGAAGUGAUCUACCAGAGUAUUCAAAAAGCACUUUUGUUCCAGAAGUCAGUAGAGCAAAGAGAGAAGUUGUGACCACAUUCAGGAAGCUGUUAGAACCUGACUGCUACUGGGUGUCAAGAGAAUUAGGUUUCCAAGUUGUACUUCCACCUUGCUCAAAAGUAUUAAAAUGGGUGCCGGUUACAGUGACAUGUUCCAUAGUGUUGGGAGAGGCCAUCAGCAGUGGGAGGAGGAUAUGCUAUCUAAUGUGCAUCACUGUGAUGGUAGUAGAGCCAGCAUUGACUCUACCAGUGUACGUUGC